CGAGAUGGGAAAGGAAAAGGGUGUUUCAUCUUCAGGCGUUUCAUUUAGAGAUUGCUUUCCCGUAUAGAGCCCUAAGACGAAGUUCUUCUUUGAAAUCCUUUAGGCUUAUUCAGUUCUCACAAGUUCGUGGUUUUUGAGCGACGCUGAACUUCAAAACCAACACGCAGUUCCAAUUCGUUCACCGAACAGAGAGCAGCAUGGAUCGCUGGCAGGGAAAGGUAGCUAUCGUGACCGGUGCCAGUUCCGGCAUGGGUGCCGCCACAGCCGUAAAACUAGCUUCGGCCGGCAUGAUCACCGUUGGACUGGCCAGACGCGUCGAACGGGUGCAGGCGUUGCGAGACAACUUGUCGGCGGAGAUCGCAGCGCGGUUGUACCCGUUCCGAUGUGACGUGUCCUGCGAGGAGGACAUCCUGAAGGCAUUUGCCUUUGUUGAAGACAAAUUUGGCGGGGUGGACGUUCUGAUCAACAACGCUGGAACGUACAAGUGUGUGGAUUUGCUGGCCGAGGAUAAUUCCGAUGUGCUGAGGGAAUCGCUGGCCGUGAACGUGUUGGCCGCGGCCUUUUGUAGCCGUGAAGCUGUGAAAUCGAUGAAACGCCGUUCCGUCGCAGGACACAUCAUCCUAAUCAACAGUAUCGAGGGCCACAAGGUGCCAGUUUACCCCGGGGCCAAUCUGUAUCCGGCCGGCAAGCACGCCAUCACGGCCAUUACGGAAACCAUACGGAACGAGCUCCGGACGGCGGGAACCAAAAUCAAGGUCACGAGUGUCAGCCCCGGACUGGUGAAGACUGAAAUGAUAGACGUGUGCGGUACGAUCGCCUACGGCGGAGAAGAUAUUACGAGUUUGCCCAUGCUGCAACCGGACGAUAUUGCCGACGGGAUCCUGUACGUUUUGGGAACACCUCCGCACGUUCAGGUGCACGAGUUGACCAUCAAGCCCGUCGGGGAACCGGUGUAAAGUGAUGUGAUUUUUUUUUCAGAGUUUAUUUUGUAAAUAAUAAAAAUCAUUCACUAUUUACGA